GAGGCGAUCGUAUCGGGCUUGGUGCGGGUCGUCUUGAUAGCGAAGGGCGCCCUCUUGGGCCUGGGCGAGGACCUCUUGGGGAUCGAAGGCCGGCGGGGGGUUCUCAGCGCCGACGGCGCCGCCGACUCCGAGAGCCCCCUGUCCGUCGCGCGCGACCUCUCCUCCUUCGCCGAGAUUCACAAACAGUUGCUGGAGGGCCCCAAGUGGAAGGUCGCGCACUCGAGUUUAGUGUCCAAGACUGAGAAUAUCUCGGAGUCCGAGGUGGGCGCCCUGGAGCGGGCCCCGUCGGAGUUCAACCCAUCCGACGCCCCGUCGCGAAGCGGCUUCUUCACGGGGCCCGAGUGGCAGAACGGUGGCUCGACCCUAGGGGCGGUUGCCUCGGUUAUCGAGACGGCGGCGCUCACCGACGCGAACGCCAUGCACUGCGCCGCCCGCGCGCAGCGCCUGGUGAUCUGGUGCUUGCGGAUGGGGCUACGCGGGUCUUCGGCCCAGGAGGUCGACGUUAUCUUGACGGCCUUCCUGGCGCGCCUGGCCUUAGACGGCUUCGACGCGGGCGCGGGCCGCGCGACGCCGGCGGCGGCGCGCCAUUUGCUGCCUGCGCUGGGUGCCACCCGCAUUGCUCCACCGAGGGCCUGCAAGUCAACGGGCGGCUGGAAGAAGCUGACGCCGCCGUGCAUGCGCCUUCCGAUCCCUCGGCCUGCAGCGUUGGCGAUCGUGGGCGUGCUGCUUGCGAGGCGCCAGAUCCCGUUCGCGAUUUUCGUGGUCUUGUCCUUCGCCGGCUACCUGCGGCCCUCGGAAGCCUUCCAUCUGCGCGGGCGCUCGCUGGCGCCGCCCAACCCUUUGGCCGGCGAGAAGUACGCCGAGCGGGGUUUGGUGCUCAACCCUGGAGAGGAGGGCAGGCCUGGCAAGACGGGGAUUACGGACGAGAGCGUCGCGCCGGUCCGGGCGGCUUGGUGGCCGCUGUGGGCGGCGCUGAAGGCGGCUCGCCCGGGCGCCUCGCCCCUGUGGCACUUCCAGGUGACAGAGGCGCGGGGCGCCUUCGACAGCGCCGCCGAGGCCCUCGCCACCCAGCCGUCGCUGCGCGCCCUCCGCCGCAGCGCGGCGAGCGACGACCUGCUCGGCGCGCGCAGGACCUUGGCAGAGGUCAAGGAUCGUGGAAGGUGGAUCACGGACUGCUCUCUCCGCAGAUAUGCCAAGCGGAUCAGGCUGCAGCAGCAGAUGAACAUGCCGAGAAAAGCGGUGCUGUCUUUUGGACUUCGGGAUGACCGUCACCUCGUGCUUCUCUUCGAGGCGGUCAGUCGCGACGGCGCGUUCUCCCUACAGGUCCCGCGGCAUCCUCCCUCGACGUUGCGCGGGCGGGCGAGGCCCGCGUUGGCGGGCAG